AUAGAAAAUAGCAAGUAAAUCUCCAAAGAGAUUCCAAUCGUUCCAAUUUUACGAAUUGUACGUAUUGAAGGCAAUUCGAAUUUGACAUUUCGCUCACUUUUCGCUCACUCUACAUUCACGCUUGUGUGUGUUGCAAUAGAUUGACAGAAGGUGAAGAAGUUUUGUUUUGGCGUCAAAUCCGUAUCAGUGUGUAUGCAGUAUGUUUGUCUGAAUUUUUUUUAAAUGUUCUUGUGAACGUGUAGUUUUGAAAGUGGAAUUAAGUGUCAAAACAAUAAAAUCCAAGAAAAUCAAAAGCCAAGAAUAAUCAAAAACAAAAAGAAAAAUAGUUAAACAUUGAUCAUGAGUUCCAGUUUGUUAAAAGGAAUAAGCAAGUCACUUUUGGACGCUUUACAACCUGACAUGGACCGUUUUUUAAACGAAGUCGGUAGUGCUGAUAUGCAGAAUAGUAUCCGAAAUGUUAGAAUUAUGGUUCAACUGACGUUCGAUCGGUAUCGCGAAGAAAGACUAAAAGCUGCACCAUCUGAAAAUGUGAGUGAGAUAAGUGGGCCUGAAGUAAUCACCAAUGAACCGGCGACCAAUAACGCGGUGUCAUCGAUCGGAAUACAAACAGAACCGAUGGAAGCAUCCGAUGACACUGCUCGGCAUGGAAAAAGCGACGGUGAAUCGAUAUCAUUGGCAACAAAUUCGAACAGUUCAAUCAAGCCCAGUCCACCUGCCAAUCACGAUACAACGACUGAGGAAAAAUCCAAAUCGUGUGAUGGAUUCCAGGAGCAGCCACCAGUAUCGUCCACGCCAUCAAGAGAGGCCCACAAUUUACAAUCGAGAAUGAUGACAAGAAGUCGGGCAGCGAAACGUGCUCGCUCCAUCGACAAUUCGGAAAAUACGGAAAAUCCACGCAAAUUGAGGAGUAGACGUACUACAACUGAUGGCAGAGUUCAUGGGAGAAAGAAAAUUCCGCGUGAGAACUGUUCUGAAGAAGUGUUGAGAACAUCGCCAACACACAUGGAGUCGAAGAAUGGCAAAAAUCAUUGUUCCACUUCCGAGCCUCAGUCAAAUGAAUGUGUGCCCGUAUCCAAUCAAAAUGGCUCAAAUAUUCCAGGGACAUCAGCAGCUGCACCAGCUGUGAAUUCCAAUGCGGCCAGUGAAUUGCCUACGAAUGGACCGACCAAUGAAAUAAUUCCAUCGAUAGGAGUGGUAUCAAAAGAGCAGAAAGAAGAAUUCGUAUGCUCGUGGUGUAAAAAAGUGUUUGCGGAUAAAACAAAGUUCAUCGCACACUUACGAAUGCACUUUGAAGACGAAAAAUUGUCUGAUGAAGAGAUGAUUAAGAAAUAUAGAAAAUAUACAUGAGAAAUGUAUGAACAAAUUUCUAAUCUUAAUCAUUCUUCGAUUUUUAAUUUAUUUAUUCAUGAAAAAAAAGGAUAAAAAAGUGAUAAAAAUUGAGAUAAAAAAAACAAAAAUUAUAAAAAAAGACAAAAACAAGGUUUGCCAACGAAAAUUGUCAAAUUUGCUCACAUAGACGAGUAUAAAUCAUGUGAUGGUAUAACUAUUAUUUAUUUUAUUUUUUCUAAAUAUCCACACACACUUUUAAUAAAAUAUUUAUCUGACUGACACGUAGACGAGAGAAAAAUUGAAGAAAAAAAAUGUCAUAAAUGUAAUGUUUCGUGAAUUACGUUUAAUGUUUGUCACAUAGUGAAUAAGUAAAAAAAAAAAUGCAUUGAGUCAAGUGUCGAUGCCAAAAAUAAGAAUUGGCCAACUAAAUUAACUGUAGCACCUAGUUGGAUAAGUUGUAAUGAACAAAAUGGUCUGAGUAACAAUAAAACAUACAAUGUUAAAAUAUGCCGACCAGAUUUUCGAAGUAUUUGAAAUAAAACAGAAAAAUGACACACAGUUUGUUCCCACAAA